AUGAGACAUCGAAGAUACCCGGUAAAAAAGAACACCAAAAUCAAGGCCAGUGACCCGAUGACCAAAGGCAAGGGGCCGGGAAAGGUCGACCUUAGGUAAGCAAUUUGAUUUAAACUAGUUCAUUAUUUAGGAGGAAGAAUAGGCCGCCAACUUUAGAUGAGAUUGAUGAGCAAAUGAUUCCUCGAAGACUCAAGGAUCUUGAACAAGCUAAGCAGGCUUUGAAGGAUGGGAUCGAUAUCAAGAGGAAGAGGAAUAAGAGAAACAAAAACAAAUUCCUCGGUAAGGAUUAUAUGUUUUCGAGUAAUUCAAAGAUUUUUAGAGCUAACGUCCAGGAUGGGUUUCCAUCAAAGACCCUGGGAAGAUCAGGAGCAGCUAACCAAGAGAAUAAUGAGAACAAAAAACAAAGCUUUGGACGACGAAAUGAUGAAAGUGAAAGCAGGAAAGGCAGGUAGAGAUGCCAAAGAACUCGACGAAGAAUUUAGACAAUUGGAUGAGACCGCGAAACGGAAGAAACUAGCAAAAAUAGCCUUGAGGGAAAAGAAACUCAAAUUAAAAGAGAAGGAGGAAAAAUUUAAACAAUCAAAAGUUAGAAAGAUGGCCAAUUUGGAUUCGGAAGAGGAUUCAGAAGACGCUGAAGAUGAGGAAGAGGUGGAUUCUGAAGCAGAAUCAAUUAAUCAAGUGGAUGAAAAAGGAAGCGAUAAAAAUAAGAAGAAAGAAAACUUCAAGAUUGAAGAUAACGAUAAACAAGAAAUUGGCAAGAAGCGGAGAAGGCUGAAUAAGCGAGAACGGAAACAGUUGAAGCGACGGAUCCAGAGAGAAGAUGAAGAAAAGGAUUUGUUAUUGAACGCUAGAGGUGAGUUGAAUUACCUAAUACAAGAUUUUCUUAGAGAUUAUACCGUUCGGAGAAACUGCUGAUGCCCCUCCUAAAUUCGAAUCCUUCAGAAAAACAAUGGAUCCAUUGUAUGCACAAGUAAGUAACACAUUGAUGUUUACGCGUGAUGAGUUCUUCACUUAAAAUAGCUUUAAUUACAGGCAGGAAGUAAGGACCUCCUGUUGAAGAAACUGAUGGGGAACUCGGUAGAAAAGAAGGGCAUUGAAAUGGAGUUGGAUGAGCAUUCUUUUGGGAAGAAAACAAAACAAAAAGUGGAUGAUCAGGAACGAUUGAAGGUCAUCCAGGCUUAUCGAGACCUAAAGAAACAGAGGACGACAGGCUUUUGA